AUGACAGGCCACCUGCUGAAUACAGCAACCUCUGCAUCUAUCGAAAAGCUCUGCCAACAGAUGUUGUUUGUGGUGGUGGUGGUGGUGCUGCUGCUUCAGUUGCCACACAUGGCGUGCAAAGCAGAAGCUAUCAAGUGCCCUGUAAAUGAUCCCGUAUCUCUUCCUCAUGAGUGGUAUCAGCCUGGCAACCUCCUCAUUGGUGGAGUUGCUUCUCAGAUCAUGUACCUUUUCCCCCAACUUUCCUUCCACAAUCACCCAUCUCAGGAGCUGGGCUUUGAUACUCCAAUUGUAGUGACAAAGUUCUACCAGCAUGUCCUGGCCUUGGCAUUUGCUGUAAAUGAGAUCAACAGAAACAUGAAGAUCUUGCCAAACAUCACACUGGGUUUCCACAUCCGUGACAGCUACUACGAUGCAAGGAUGACCUAUCGAACCACUCUGGACCUGCUCUUCAAAGUUCAUAAAUUUACCCCAAACUAUGAAUGUCAAUUCCCGAAAAAUCUUAUAGCUGUCAUUGGGGGCCUGAGCUCUGAUAUCUCUUUGCAUAUGGCAAACAUCUUAAACCUCUAUAAGAUUCCACAGCUUACCUAUGGGUCAUUUGCCCCAGAAAGUACCGGAACAAGGCAGGUUGCUUCAUUUUACCGCAUGGCCCCAAAUGAAGUCAAUCAGUAUAUGGGGAUUAUCCGUUUGCUUCAGAGUUUUAGAUGGACAUGGGUUGGCCUCCUUGCUGUAGGCGAUGACAGUGGAGACCAUUUCUUGCAGACUAUGGAGCCACUGCUUUCUCAGAAUGGCAUCUGUUCAGCCUUCACACAAAGAAUCCCCAACCAAGGUCGCUUCCUUUCCCUUGAUGAACUGAUUGAUAUGACCUCCAAAAUUUAUUUGCCUUUUUUGGAUAGCAAGGUCAGAACAUUUGUUGUCUAUGGAGAAAGUAUGAUCAUCCUGUGGUUAAGUGCCUUAGUAGCUCUGGAAGAUCCUGGAUAUAGGGAAAACGCAUACAUCGGAAAGGUGUGGAUUAUGACAACCCAGAUUGAUUUUGCAGUAACAGGCCAAAUAACACGUAGUAAUUUUCAAAUAUUCCAGGGCAGUAUUUCCUUCACAAUUCACUCAAAUCAAUGUAUUGGAUUCCAGGGAUAUAUUCAAAAUAUACAGUCUUGCAAGACACAAGAUAAUGGUUUUUUCCGAGCCUUCUGGCAGCACGCCUUUGACUGUUCAUUGCCAAACCCCUGUGUGCCAAUGGAUGUUGAUGGCAUAUGUACUGGGGAGGAAAAGGUGGAGAAUCUCCCUGAGUCUAUCUUUGAAAUGCAGAUGACUGGCCACAGCUACAGUGUUUAUAAUGCAGUCUAUGCAGUGGCACAUGCUUUGCACAGCAUGGGCUCAUCCAGGUCCAAUCUCAGAGUGAUGGCACAGGGGAAAAGGCUUCAAGAUAUUCAGACUUGGCAGAUCCACUCAUUUCUCCAAGGCAUUUCAUUUAACAACUCAGCUGGAGAAACGGUGUCCUUGAAUAAUCGUGGGGAGAUGGGAGGUGGAUUUGACAUUAUGAACAUGAUCACGUUUCCAAACAUCUCCUUCCUUAGAGUGAAAAUUGGAAUGGUUUAUCCCAAGGCUCCUGAAGGAAAAGAAAUUACUCUCAAUGCAGAUAUAAUUGUGUGGCAUGAAAGUUUCAAUCAGGUUUGCCCCCUUUCUGUGUGUAAUGAGUACUGCAAUGCUGGGUAUCAGAAGAAAAAGAAGGAAGGCGAGAAGUUUUGCUGCUAUGACUGUGUUCCAUGCCCAGAAGGCAAGAUUUCCAACCGAAAGGACAUGAAUGACUGCUUCAAGUGCCCAGAGGAUCAAUACCCUAGCGAGGACAGAGAUGGAUGCAUUGCCAAAAUGUUAAGUUUCUUGUCUUAUGAAGAACCUUUAGGGAUUGGCUUAGCCUCGGUUGCAGUUUUCUUUUCCGUAAGCACAGCACUGGUGCUAGUAAUCUUUGUUAAACACAAAGAUACUCCCAUUGUCAAAGCAAACAACCGGGACCUCACAUUUAUUCUACUUAUUUCUCUCUUCCUCUGUUUUCUCUGUUCAUUGCAAUUUCUUGGACAACCAAGGAAGGUGACUUGCGCUCUCCGUCAAUCUGCAUUUGGUAUCAUUUUCUCCAUGGCUGUGUCUUGUGUGUUGGCGAAAACCAUCACUGUGGUUUUAGCUUUUCAGGCCACCAAGCCAGGUUCCAGCAUAAGGAAGUGGGUUGGGAAAGGACUGUCCAACUCCAUUGUCCUUUCCUGCUCCUUUAUUGAAGCUAGUAUUUGUAUGGUGUGGUUAGGAACCUCUCCUCCUUUUCCAGAUUUUGACAUGCAUUCACUAACUGGAGAAAUUGUAGCAGAAUGCAAUGAAGGCUCUGUCACCAUGUUUUAUCUUGUCCUGAGCUACAUAGGUCUUCUGGCCAUCAUCAGCUUCACUGUGGCAUUCCUGGCCAGGAAGUUGCCAGAUACUUUUAAUGAAGCCAAGUUCAUCACCUUCAGCAUGCUGGUGUUUUGCAGUGUUUGGUUGUCCUUUGUUCCAGCAUAUGUGAGCACCAAGGGGAAAUAUAUGGUGGCUGUGGAGAUCUUCUCCAUUUUGGCAUCCAGUGCAGGGUUACUGGGCUGUAUCUUUUCCCCCAAAUGCUACAUUAUUUUACUUAUGCCUGAGUUGAACUCUAGGGAACAUAUAAGAAAAAGACUUUAA